CGACAGCCUCUUGGAAACAGCCUAAGUUACGGAACACAACAACAGCCCCGUUUAGAAAUUUGCAACCUCGACACGAGGGGCGGAACAUAUUUUUUGGGGAAGAAGGACCACCGUCCGUGCGCAAUUACGCAAAGGAGUAGAGGAAUUCAGCCAGUCCGUCUUUAUUGUUUUGGUUUCUCCUCCAAGGGAUUCGUUCUUCUAUAGUUUGGGCUGCUCUCCACUCACAGAGACGACCUCUAGAUGCACGACGUCAUCGGUGCAGCUACAGCAUCACCUCUUGACUCUGAACUUCACCACCCAGUCCUCUGUGCGCACGGGACAGGAUGGGAUGCUCCACCAGUUCUCAAACUUCAGCGGUGGAAACCACUCGACCCAGCGCAAAGCCCGGGGAGAGCAACGGAACCAGCACUACAGGGGCGGCCAACGAAAAUGGCAAUGUAGCCGAGGACAGUGAAACCCUUCUGGACCAAACACCUGCAGCCACCGGCGAUGAUAAACCUUCGGACGAGCCUGCUGCAGCAGGCGAGGAGCCACAACCUGCAGCAGCCAGUCCGCCUGCAGAGGCAGAGGCAGCAGACAGCAGCGCUGAGACAGAGCAAGAAAAAGCAGAGGCCACGGCGACUGAUUCAGAACCCAAGACAGAGGCAGAACCAGCUCCCAGUGAGUGAAGUGCAACGCGAAUAACUGCACAGACCAAUUGCUUGGAAGUGUCUUACCUUGUCUGUAUGCAUGAGUGAAAGAAUGCGUGUGUGUGUGUGUGUGUGCUUUUGCAAAACACACGUCGUCUGGUUGCCAAGAUCCAAACCCUGUGAUAACGACAUACAGUCAGGGUCAUCACUGUGCCUUCUUCCCCUCCUGAUCGUGUAUGGCUGAAAUUUCUGCUUAGUUCUCCAGCACUUAGUGGGUGUGUUUAUUUCCAGAGGAAGCAAUUGUGUCAGAAUAUCUUAAAAUAUUCCAUCAAAAUUUCUAUUUAUUAAGUGUAUAGACAUUCAUGAUAGCAGAUGUCUUUAAUCUAACUCCGAACCUCAGAGUCCAUUCUGUAGUUUUCUACAAAAUUAUAAAUCUACGGAAAUCAAAGCCAAAAUAAAUUUAAUUUAUGAACGUAUAUUCUGUUUUGAGUAGCUGGCUUUGAUCUUACAACCAUGUUUGUAAUGAAUAUGAAGAGCCGCCCCACUGCAGGUUUACUGAGGACUGGUUUUAAACAUCAGUAUGAGUUCCUGAUGAGGACCAAUGAGAUGAAUGUGAGAGCUUUUGUUUUGUUUCUGAUGUGUCAUGACUUCCGUCUGGAAAGUAAACCUGAAAUCUGUAAUAAGCUAUUAACUGUCAAAAAAAAUAUUAAAAGGGCCACCUUGAAAAUGA